AUGAGGCAGGGCGUGGUGAUGAAGGGCUUCCGGCUGCGGGUGGGUGCCAAAGCCGUGGAGCUGACCUCUGGGCUGCCGGCCGCCGAGCUGUCACUGCAAGCAGGGAGGUACCGCUGGUCCGUGCAGUGGUGGACGCCAGAGGACGAGGCUUCCGAGGAGGUGUUCUCUGAGGUGGUUGUCGCGGAGAAGGAGGAUGUUUGGGAGGGCGUACCCUGGGUGGGCGCCAAUGCGAGCAACGAGUACCAGGCCCAGGUCAAUCUGGGCGUGGCUGGGCCCGUUGAGCUCCUGGUGAGCACGCUUGGCUUUGGCUAUGUCCUCAUCAAUGACCAGGAGGUCUCACAGGACGUCCUCUCGUACUCGGGCUGGACGCGGACCGACAAGCGGGUGCUUUACCGGACUUACGACGUGACCAAGUUGCUCAACGCCUCCGGCGGCGGGGACAUCUUCGUCGGGCUGGGCUGUGGAUACAGGUGUGACCCGCAUGGCCGCUUUCCUGUCUACAAGGAUGGGGCAGACCCACAGGAUGUCACGCCCAAGAUCUUCCGGAUGCAGCUGCGGGCGGGAGGGCGCACGGUGUUCCACAGCGGCAGCGGGGGCUGGCGUGGCCGGCAGGGCCCUGUAGUGGAGGACUCGGUAUACGACGGCGAGGUGUACGUGCCUGCCGCUGCAGGCGCGUGGUCUGCAGCGAGCACAGUGCCGGGCCCCAGGGGUGCCAUGGUGCCGGCCACCUUCCCAGGUGUGCAGGUGACCCGGGUGGACCGCGCGUUGAAGAUCACGGAGCCGGCGGCGGGCGUCUUCGUGGUGGACUUUGGCUCCAACGUGGCGGGGGUCUGCCAGCUGUCGGUGCCCCAGGCAGCCACGGUGACGAUGAAGCACGGGGAGGUGCUCCAGCACGCGCACAUGCCCGAUGUCAAGGUGGACCCGUCCCGCGUGUUCUUCGGCAACCUCAGGUCUGCGCAGGCCAAUGACACGCUGGUGCUCAGUGGGCCAGUCAAAAACUGGAGGCCCAGGUUCACCUAUCACGGGUUCCGCUACGUGGAGGUCUACGGCUACCCAGGGACGUUGACGGCAGAUAGCAUCCAGCGGCUCGUGUUGAACACGGCCCUGCCGGAGAAGGCCAAUGCCACCUUCUCGGACGAAGUGCUUCAGGCGAUUCACCUCGGCGUCAAGGGGGUUCAGAGGUCCAACCUCAUGCAGGUGCCGACAGACUGCCCCCAGCGGGACGAGCGCCUGGGGUGGAUGGGGGACGCUGCGCUGAGCGCGGAGACCUUUCUGACGCACUGGGGCUACAAGGACAUGGCAGCAGCAUUUUUGGACUCCAUGUCCGACGAGCUGGGAGAUGAUGGAUCCCUUCCAGACGUGGUGCCCUUCCAGCGCUUCGGCGGCCGCCCUGCGGACUUCUCCUGGAGCGCCGCCUACUUGGAGAACCUUUGGGGCAUUUGGAAGGUCGAGGGCGACUUAGCGCCGGCCAAGAACCACUGGACCGGGGUGAAGUCACACCUCGGCUUCCUGCAGAAGCAGUAUCAGUCCUCGGGUGGCAUGACUUCCUUGCCGCAGUCCUAUGGCGACUGGUGCCCGCCACCCAGGACCCCUGGCAAGGGCGACAAAGAGACACCGCCAAAGGGCUUCACCUCCGCCGCGGCGCUGCUGCGGAGCGUGGCCCAGGGAGCGGAGCUGGCGGAGGCCCAAGGGCAGGCGGAGGCAAAGACCUGGCGCGCCUGGCACCAGAAGAUGCUGCAGGAGUUCCAUGCAGGCUAUUUCCAUGACAGCAACAAGACCUAUGCCAAUGGCGUCAUGGCCACAUAUGUGCUGGCUCUGGCCACUGGUGCCGUUCCGGAUGACCAGAAGCCGGCGGUUGUCAAGAAUUUGCUCAAGUACAUCGCGGACCACAACAACACGUGGACUGGCGGCAUUAUAACAACCAGAUACCUCUUCGAUGUGCUGCAUGACAAUGGCGCAGCAGACCUGGCACUGUCCAUGCUGACUAGGAAGGACUACCCGUCAUUCGGAUACAUGUACUUCAACGAGUUCGAGCCGGCAAAGGAGUGCAUGUGGGAGCUCCCGGAUGCACCGUUCCAGGGCACAGGCAUGAACUCCAGAGCCCACCACAUGUUCUCCUCCGUGGGCCACUACUUGAUUUCCCGCUUGGCAGGCAUCACCCUCGAGAAGCAGCGAGCGAAGCUGGUGGUUGGUGCGCUGGAGCACUCGUUCUCGAGCGUGGGCUCGGACUUCGGAGAUCUGCAGCUGGCCUGGUCCCGAACUGAUCGCCUGCAGGUCCAGGCGCAUGUGCCUGUGGGCCUGGUGGCUGACCUGUACGUGCCGAGCCGCGAUGGCGAGUUGAGGCUCUUGGGCUGCUCCGGGGAAGAGGGCCCAUCGCCGAGCCGCGCUGUGCUGCACGGCGUGGAGCACAUGGUGUGGCGUCUCACCCCCGGCUCCUACCAGCUCUUGACACGGGAUGUAGUCUACGCGUGA